UCCAAGUAAGAGAGAGAAGGAGAAAUGGUGGAUUGGAGUGGCAGAGUAUUCUAAGCGAAGUAGACAGGAUGGGUGGUGGUGGUGGUGGAACGCUCGUGGAAGGGAUUCGACGCUUAUUCCAAAGACGUGCUUCUUCAGCUAUUAAAGGGGACGAUCGUAUUAUUAUCGAUAAUAAUAAUAAUAAUAAUAACAAUAAUAAUAAUAAUAGGAGCGAUGUGUUGUUGGUGAGAGAUUUGCGGGCACAAUUGGCCUCUAUUCCCACUAGCAAUCAAGAAACUGAACUCACCAUUGACGAUGACUUUGAUAUCUCUGGAUUGAAGCCCCUCAAAGUCCCUACCCAGAUCUUCUUCAAACACUCUUCCAUGGAUCCCCACAAAAAGGGUUCUGCAGAAGCUGAGUUUUUCACUGAGUAUGGAGAGGCAAGCCGAUACCAAAUCCACGAAGUCAUCGGGAAAGGAAGUUAUGGCGUCGUGGGCUCUGCCCUCGACACUCAUACUGGGGAAAAAGUUGCAAUCAAGAAAAUCAAUGAUGUUUUUGAACAUGUAUCGGAUGCUACAAGAAUCUUAAGAGAAAUUAAGCUCCUGCGCUUGCUUCGCCAUCCUGAUAUAGUAGAAAUUAAACAUGUUAUGCUUCCUCCUUCCCGUCGAGAGUUCAAGGAUAUCUACGUCGUCUUUGAGUUGAUGGAAUCUGACCUUCAUCAAGUAAUCAAGGCAAACGAUGAUCUUACACCUGAGCAUCACCAAUUUUUCUUGUACCAACUUCUUCGAGGCCUCAAAUAUAUACAUACAGCAAAUGUUUUUCAUCGUGACUUAAAGCCCAAAAAUAUUCUCGCCAAUGCUGAUUGCAAACUAAAGAUAUGUGAUUUUGGACUUGCUCGAGUUUCUUUUAAUGAUGCUCCAUCAGCUAUAUUCUGGACUGACUAUGUUGCAACUCGGUGGUACCGGGCACCUGAAUUAUGUGGUUCUUUUUUCUCUAAAUAUACCCCCGCAAUUGAUAUCUGGAGCAUUGGAUGCAUAUUUGCAGAAAUGCUCAAUGGAAAGCCAUUGUUUCCGGGUAAAAAUGUGGUGCACCAAUUGGAUCUCAUGACCGAUUUGCUUGGCAGUCCUCCACCUGAGUCCAUUGCAAGGAUUCGAAAUGAGAAAGCUAGAAGAUAUCUUAGUGGCAUGCGAAAGAAGCAACGAGUUCCGUUAUCUCAAAAAUUUCCAACUUCAGAUCCAUUGGCUCUUCGAUUACUGGAGCGCUUACUUGCAUUUGAUCCUAAAGAUCGUCCAACAGCUGAAGAGGCUUUAUCCGAUCCUUAUUUUCGAGGAUUGUCGAAUGUGGAUCGUGAGCCAUCCACUCAACCCAUUUCAAAACUUGAGUUUGAGUUUGAGAGAAGGAAAUUGACCAAAGAUGAUGUUAGAGAGUUGAUUUAUCGAGAGAUUUUGGAGUAUCAUCCCCAGAUGCUCCAGGAAUAUCUUCGUGGAGGAGAACAAACCAGCUUCAUGUAUCCAAGUGGGGUUGAUCGGUUCAAGCGACAGUUUGCACAUCUUGAGGAACAUUAUGGCAAGGGUGAGCGAAGCACUCCUUUGCAGAGACAGCAUGCCUCCUUACCCAGAGAGCGAGUUUGUGUUCCAAAGGAUGAGAAAAACAAAAAUGAUGAAAGACCCAGCGGUUCAAAUUUGUCUAAUCCUCGAGAGUCUGAUGCUGCUGGAAACACCAAUGCAGAAAAUGGGCCCUCAAAGCCAAACAACAGCACACGUUGCCUCUUGAAAAGUGCCAGCAUUAGCGGUUCAAGGAGUUAUGAGAAACCAAGUAAAGAACCAGAGGAGGAACCAAUCGCGGAGGUCAAUGAGGAUAUGGUAGAUGGAUUGACAGAGAAAGUUGCUGCUAUAAAUGUUUAGAUAGGCAUCUUCCUUCCCCGUCAACUUGUGUUGUGAUCUCGAAAACAAGCGAUGUGAAUUACUACUACUGAUCUGUAGUGGAGUAUUUAUACAUGUAUGAAAAUGCAUUGUGUACUAUCCAUGAUUUAUUAUAAAACUUCGGGAAUGGGCAGUUCUAGUUAUGUUAGUUUCUUUCUUGUAACAUUAGCAAAACCUGCCCCUCAAUUGGCUUCGCAUGUCUUGUAAGGUUAGGUUCCAGAUACAAUAUACAAAACGUUGAUGUUCGAGAAA